AAAGAAAGAAUUGAGGAUUUGGGUUUGUAAUUUAUAAGGCUAAAACUCAAGGGAAUUAAGGGUUUCUUGUCUGCAAUUUUUUUUCUUCUUUGUCUUCAAAUGCUGCAUAUCUGUUGUCUCUUCUGAACUCAUCAGAGAGAGAGAGAGAGAGAGAGAGAGAGAGAGAGAGUGAGAGAAGAGGAAGAAGGAGAGUGAGAGGUAGUUGGUUGGACUUGAUUAGCAUCAUCAUCAAUUAUUAACAAAGAUAGACAGAGAAAGGGACUUAUGAGUGGUGAAGGUGAAAGAGUACAGUGAAGGAGAAGGAGUUUAAGAGAGCUAAGAAGAGUAAAUCCUUGAAAGUUAACAUUCUCUUCUGUAUUUUGUUGUUUGUUUUCCUUUGUUUUCCCAUUUAACAUUCCUUACGAGGUCCCACGAGUGGGUUUUACUGCAACUUUUCCAGUCCCCACCAGUAUAGACUUGGACCCCAACAAGAGAAGGAAAGAAGAAGCAGACUUGAAGCAGCAGGAGAAGAAAAAAAUUGUUCUUUCUUUUUGGUCCCUCUUAGCCUCUGUAGCCUAUCUCUAUACCUAAGCACCCAACCCUCUCUCUCUCUCUAGAACUCACUAGCAGGACCCUUCUCUUCCCUUCCCCACACCUCUCUUUGGAGAGAGAGACAACAGUCAAUCAGAAGGAAGAGAACCCCACACUGAGUCUUAGAUAGGAUCAGACCUGCACGUGUCUAACCAAAUCUAAAAGCUCAUUAGUGUCCUUCUCUCUCUGUUUCUCACUCUAAGACUCAGAGGGAAUGAGAUGAUGAAGUAGGAUAUGAGAUGGGUUUGAUCAAUCAAAGCAAUAAAAAGGAGAAAACAAGUGAGUUGUGGUAUUCUUGAAGAAGCCAAUAUGGAAUCAACAGACUCACAGAGCAAUAAACAACAAUUACAUUCUUCUUCUUUGCAGUUGGUCCCAUUUGAAGAUCGAUCAGGGCGAGGUCCCGGUCCAGGUCCAGGUCCCGGUCCCGUGUCAGGCCCAUUCAUGGGCUCCAUCUCCAUCCAACCUGGAGCAGGUGCUGCUAGUGGUGGUAGUGGCGGAGGAGGAGGAGGAGGAGGAGUUGGAGCUGCUUCUUCCACAUCUACAACCACUACUAGCCCUCCACCACCCAGACUUGUUGAUGCUUCCCUUGCUAUCUCCACCAAAUCCGAUGCCAACCCAUCUAACAGAUCCGCCCCUCUCGUCGAUCCCUCCAAGAACAAACAACAACAGCUUUCGAUUUCCUCUACUACCAAGAGAUCAUCAAAAGAUAGGCACACGAAGGUCGAUGGAAGAGGCCGCCGCAUCCGUAUGCCGGCAACUUGUGCGGCUAGGGUUUUCCAAUUAACGCGUGAAUUGGGUCAUAAAUCCGAUGGUGAGACCAUCGAGUGGCUCUUACAGCAGGCAGAACCUGCAAUUAUAGCCGCCACAGGUACCGGCACAAUCCCUGCUAAUUUUUCAACCCUUAAUGUUUCACUCCGAAGCAGUGGCUCUACCCUUUCAGCCCCACCUUCCAAAUCCGCUCCUCAUUCCUUUCAUGGCGCAUUAGCCCUUGCCCACCAUUCCCAACACUACGAUGAAGGCGAUGCCGGUCGGAGACUCCUCGCCGGCGGUGAGAUGUUAGGGUUUCAUCAUCAACCACAGCAGCAUAUCUUGACUGGGGAUCAGAUUGGUGAAGCUUUGCCUGGUAGUGGUGGUUCAGGUAGAGAUUCUAGUACGGAUAGCUAUUUGAGAAAACGCUUCAGAGAAGAUCUGUUCAAGGAGGAAGCACAACAGCAGCAGGAGACUGGCGAUUCGACGUCGCCCUCGGCGAGUAAGCCUCGGCAAGAGCUAGAACAACCGUCAACAGCUGGACUAAUUCGACCGUCGAACAUGAUGCCGGCGACUGCAAUGUGGGCUGUUGGACCUGCCCCAACCAGCGGUGGCAACGCAUUCUGGAUGCUGCCUGUCACAGGCGGCGCCUCCUCCCCUGCUGGUGGUGCUACUGCUGCCGCCGGGGCUGGCCCUUCAGAACCCUUGUGGACAUUCCCUACUGCAGGUGGGCAGUAUAGAGCAAGUUCGAUACCGACGGGUGGUGGAAACACAAUUCAAGCUCCUCUGCAUUUCAUGCCAAGAAUCAACUUUCCUGGUGGGCUUGAGUUCUCGGGUGGUCGUGUUAAUACAGUUCCACUUGGGUCCAUGGUAGCUCCUCAGCAUCUGGGUCUAGGCAUCUCUGAGUCAAAUCUAGGGAUGUUAGCUGCACUUAAUGCUUACAAUAGAGGUGGUGGGUUGAGUAUGAGUUCAGAGGAGCAGCAGCAGCAGCAACAACAACAUGGAAUGGAUCAUCAUCAUCAUCAUCAUCAUCAUCAUCAACAAGUUCAUACCCACCAGCCACAAUCCACUGAUAGUGGUGAUGAACAUCCAAACAGUUCACAGUAAACAAAGCUUCAUGAAACCCAAGAUGCAGGGAAGAGAGAUUGUUGGUUUUAUUAUUGAGAUGCAGGAGUUUCAGUAUUAAUUUUGAGUUUUGAGUGCUUUGAAUCCUCGCCUCAAGUCACUGGUUGGAUGAUCCAAGAAGACAAAUUCUCAUCUUUUCUGGCUUUUGUUAUUUAUUUCUCUUCUGGGUUUCUCUUUUUUUUUCUUCUUUUAAAUUGACAUGAGUUUGAAAUCUUAUUUGUUUUGGUCCAAAGGGACUAAAUGGAAACAACAGAUAGGCAGAAAGAGGAAUAGAGGAGGUUUGUAUAGUGAGAAUAUUUGUUUGUGUAUUAAUAUUUCAUUGUUUGUAUGAGAA